CAGUGAGACUCGGAAAGGAUUGAUGCGAGGAAAGAAUGGAGAUAGAUUUGCCUUCUUUGUAUUAAUUCUGUGAGGCAACAUUGAUCAAAGAUGUUGAAGACUCAAGGAUGCUUUCCGUCAGUUUUCUGUUGAUUGAAAAUGAAGUGGUUGGUCAAGAAUUGGGGCAGUUUUCCACAUUUUCAGUCAUUUCCUGAUAUCAUGUGGAACGAAUCAAAUUGGCUCAAGGUUGGACUUGUUAUGCACCAGACCAGACCCGGACCCAAGCUAUUGAAAUGAACUUGAUUGGAAAUGGAAUUUCUUCAGGAGGAACAAGGGGUUAAAAAACAAAGAACGCUGUCCACAGUGGUGCAGUUAUUUUACAGAACACUUCUCUGUAAUUGGGGAGACUUGAGUUCCGACCUCCUGCCUCAGAGGUGGGGACAUUACCGCCACACCAUAGAAGGCCUUAAAGUGAAGUUACUACUGAGCGGAAUUUGGCGUUAGAUGACCUGUAAUGGAAAUUUGGAAUGGGAACUUAUGAGCUGUUCUGGUGAUGGACUGAAUUCACCAGGAGAAACAGAAACGACCGGAGUAAGCAACGUCAUAACAAGGACUAGAGCUUGGAUGUCAAAUGAGGCAAGCGAAAGAAUAGCCAAUAUGAAAGAAGUCAAUAAAUCAGACUUUAUACACAACACUGAUGAAGUCGAACAGACAGAGCAGUUGGCCACUGGAACUGAAACAGACUUUGGUUGUUUUCAGCAAUUGUUAAGUUACCUCUGUUGUGAAUACCGGAGUGUGGAUUUGAAAGAAAAUCAGGCAAUUGUAGCAGUUGAAAACUACUCGUCCCACUACUGUCUCUCCAACCCCACAUUCACUCCUCCCUCACAUGAUUCCAGUUCUGAGGAUCAUCAUACACCAAGGGCAGCCUUCCCAACAAUGCCGGAUAUGACAGGUUUGAAAGAUAUGGAGCUGCAGGAUGUCAAGCAGGAUCAGGCAUCAGCUGUACAAGGAAGCACAGGAGGCGCUCAAAUACUGCAGGCGAAGCAAAGUGGGGAAGAGCUCAAUCAUUCAAAAGACUUGAAUGCAAAACAGCAGCAAGAAGAACUCCAGGAAACCAGCUCGACGUUCGAGAAUGACUCCCGUCUCCAGGACUGCACUGACCACAAGGCACAGGAGUAUUUCUGGAAGGUUUUUCAAAGUGAAGAAGUUGCGGCGGAGGCUUGCAGACACACGAAGGAGAGUAGAAGUGUCUACAACUUGCGGGCAAACCCUUCUUACUGUGAGACUGUUGACACAUCCCUGGACUUUUUGUUCACAUACCAAUGCCCCCCCGGGGAGAGGCCUCCAGUGACCAUUGCCUACUUGCUAAUGACUUUUGUCUUCACAAUGUUCACUGGUAGGUGCAGAUGGGGAAAAGACCACAUUCCAAUUCUGCUGAAAGUCUGUGAAUUAGCCUACGAAGGAAUCUGUCAGGAGACUUCUGUUCUCGAGGAAUCUUCCUGUCAUCAGAGGCUCACUCUAUCAGAAUUGCGAUCCCACAUCCCGGCAGAGAUUUUGGAGGGGGAGGAAUUUGCUGGUGGGGUCACAUACAGAUUCCCUCAUCCACCGGUUCAGGGUUUCUUGGCUGCGGUGGGUCUGCUUGUGAAUGCUGAUCCCGAAGAGCUCAUCAGUGUCCUGGAGAAGCAUUAUGAUGAGAGAGACGCGCAGUUUGUAGUGUUUCUGCGAUGUCUCUUCGGCCUUUGCUCUCCAGCCCUGUCUCAGCUGCUGAAGGAACUCCUGGGUCCUGUACCGGGUGAAACCAUUUGCAAGUUAACUGCAUUCUUGGAGCUGAGAAUCCAAGCGGGGAUUCAAAACAUGAACAGUGAGCUGGACAAAGUAGAUCUUCUGAAGACAUUGUGCAACCUAUAUGAAUCUCAGAACGAAGAACUGGCCAGGAGGACUGUUGGUUCCACGAAGCAACUAGCAUUUGGAGGGUGGAAACCUGUAAAGUUGACUCCCAUAAAUUGUAUGGCUAUUGCAGUCGGAAUACAACUAUGCCACACGGUUGAAGACCUCAAUCUCAAUAACUGUUAUAUUGAGGAUGAUGGAUUGCGUUGCUUAGCACCAGUCCUACAUCGGUGUAAAGUGCUGAGAUUAAAUGAGAACAAAUUGAGUGACAUGUCAUCUGAAGGAUUGUUUGCUGCAUUGACCAGGACAGACUGCAAAAUACAUACGUUGGAGUUGUGGGGUAACCAUUUUACCCAUGUGUGCGCUGAACACCUGGAGUCAGCUCUCCGUAUUAACCAGACACUCGAAACACUGGUUUUGAGCCACAACAGUCUGGGUGAUUUGGGAGCCAGAAGAUUGACUGUAGCACUAAUCGAUCCUGGCUGCAAAAUCAAGAUAUUGAGAUUGGAUUGCAAUAGUCUCACUGAUGACUGUGCACAGGAUAUUGACUUGUCCGUUAGUGCAAAUUGGACCAUGAAGGGCUUGGACGUGGACGGUAAUUAUUUCAGUGAUAAAUCCAUUCUUCCAUUCACACGUCUCAUAAAACGCAACACAGGAUUGAAGUGGAUCAGGUUGGCUGGUAACAAGUUUUCGUUAUUUGGAAGAACACAACUGAGGUCAUUGCAACUUCUAAGAGAAGGCUUUGAAGUGUGGGUGUGAACUGUAUGCAAUUAUGAGACUUGCAAUGAACAUGAAGAAAUGCAUAUCCUUUCUUUCUGUAUUUCACUUGCAGUGCAAGGAUACUUCUGUAUUAAUCUGUAAAUAUUACAUAUACAAUUAACUGUUGUAAUUAUAUUUGUACUAAGGUA